AUGGCUGUAUUAAAGUGUAUAGUACUGAUUCUGGUGACAGUAGUGAGUGGUGACAAUGUUACUGAUGUCAAAGACGAAAUACCACAUAAGUUGAAAUUUCUAGAAGCAGUUGCAGGUAGGGGCUUCGGUGAUAUGUACAGUAACGGUACUUUUCGGACAGGGAAUUCGUUGUGGGAUAAUAUACUGAAUAAGUGCGCGUUGGAACCAUCGAUGAGUUGUUUGCAAAAGAACUUCUAUUCGUAUCUGGACGAGAGUCUAGAUUCCGGUGAAGUGAACGUAGGUGGUGUGUGUUUCAAGAAGAAUAAUGUGGAUAUGAACAAGUAUAGUAAGGAAGCGAAUAUCAUAUACUUGACGGGCGGGAAGAACGAAGAGAGAUCGUUGGAUGAAGAGAAUGAGAUACCAGAUGAUGAGGAAGCAGAAACGCCUUUAGAAGAGGUCACGGAUGCCCUCUACGGCAAAGGUGUGAAGUUCCUCAUGACACACGACAUGAAACUGACACUACCUAAUAUGAUGUUCGAUGGAGCGACGGUCAAGGUGUCACCCAGGGCGCUGACGAAGACCGGAGCUCUAGUACAUAUAGAACUACAACCAAAGAAAGAAGUGGAGACGGGGAGAAUAUUCUUCAAUAAGAUUAAGAAAUACCUCAAGAAGAAACUGGUGAUGGCAGCCCUGGCCAUCAUACUGGUCAUAAAGCUGAUAGCACUGAAGGUGGUGUUCAUCCUACCAAUAAUACUAGGAAUGACAACAGCCAAGAAGAUGUUCCUAAAACUCCUACUGUUCCUGUUCCCGGCCCUCAGUCAUAUAUUCAAACUCUGCUCAUGGUACCACCAGAACUAUCACACGACGAAGUAUCAUCAUCACCAUCAUCUGAUUACUCAUCAUAAGCCUCAUCAUCACUCGCACCAUCCGGCGCCAGUAUACGGUCCUCCACAUGGGCAGCACGUUCAGCACGGUCAGGCAUAUGUAAAGCACGUUGACAAUGGAGCACCAGCCUUCGAACAUUACCCUCAGGAUUGGGAGCUGAGCGGACCUGGGUUAGGACCUGAAUACAUAUCGGACAUACACCGCAAUGCAAUCGCCAGUUUCAAGCCGCAAGAGGCUGACAUGAAUGACAUCAACGCUUGGGGCCUUGGUCUACCACCAGGUCCAGCUGUCAACGUUGGUGAAUAUGCCAGCGCUAACACCAUCAACGCGAACGUGGCAGCACCACCUGCCAACAGCAAAUCAUCCAGUAAUAUUGGAAGACCACAAGGACCUCCGAACCCUUACUAUCGAAAGAAAUUGUCACGAGAUCCGGCACAAGCAGAGAAAGAUGCUUUGAUCCGAGCAGCGGCGCUAGCGGCUAAAGCACCUCCGUCUGCAGUCAGAGACGAGUUGCUGAGAGUAUCAGCGGCCAAGUUGUCGGAGACCAACCGAGUGCAGCUCGAGACGAACCUGGUGAGGCAGCAGCAGGAGAUAUUGGCUGCUACGGAUCCGGACUCCAUAGCAGCUGAGAAGUUCUACGGCACUCUCAUAGAGAAGGUGGACGCUAUACUCAACUCUAUCGGCGUCUCCGAGCCGGGGUGUAGGGAGAGAGCCAUCUGCGCGCUAUACAAGGACCCCUUCAAGCACUCGCCAUAUAGCAAUCUAGUCUCGAACGAGCUGAGCAAGGACUCCUCCGAGUUAGUUCCACCAGCUGAAAGCAAGAUGGCGUUACGCUACUACAAAUACGUCACCGCCGCUAGAGAGGGACAGGAGAACAAGGACUGUCACUCUCUCUAUCCGCACUGUAUUACGGAUGGUGCCUAAAUAGUUUUGCUGAAAGACUGCACUUUAA